CAGGGAGAAUGGCAGGAGACGGAAUUAUCUUCUUCAUUUUCCAACUUUUUUUAUUAAACCAGAUCUUGGGAAGAGUUCCCCGUCCAACAGCUUCAUUUGAGGGCAAGACAGUCAUAAUCACUGGCUUCAAUAAGGGAUUGGGCUUUGAAGCGGCCAGGCACGUGGUUAAGCCUGGGGCUGCUAGGCUGAUCCGCUCGACUGAAAAGGGUGAAGCCGCCGAAUGUGUCCUUGAAGAAUCUAUAGCCUGUGAUCGCGCCAUCUUGGAACGUCAAGACAUUUGCCGCGCGGGCAAACACCGAGCUGCCCCGGAUCGAUACGCUGAUCGAGAACGCGGGAUCGCUUCUGAAAAAUGGUCAUGGGCUGAGCAUCACGAGAGCAUGGUGACGGUCAACGUCAUCUCGACCUUUUUGUUGCCUCUGCUUCUCCUACCGAAGCUCAUAGAGACUGCUGCCUUUUACAACACGAGACCUAAUUUGACUAUUGUCUCGAGUGACAUGCACUACACAGGCAUCUUCAAUAUCCUAAAUAGCGAGAAAGAGGCCGACAUGGCCAGUCGUUAUCCAACCACCAAGCUCCUCGAGGUAUUUAUUGUGCGCGAAAUGGCCGCUCGGAGGCGCGCAGAGCCGUAUCCGAUCACUAUCAACACCACAAAUCCCGGGCUCUGCAACAGCGGACUAGGAGGCGGCGAGGAAGGUCUGCUAUUCAAAGUCGGCUCUCGGAACUUGGGUUACAAUGCUAGCGUGGGCACUGAGUCUCACGGCCAAUACCUCGACAGGUGUAGGAUACAAGAGCCUGCCACCGUUAUUACGGACGCUGUGGGCAUGAUCACGCAACAAAGGGUAUGGCAUGAGCUUAUUGCUAAGUUGGAAAAGAUCCAGCCGGGAAUCGCCGGCAAUCUAUAG